UGGCAGACGUUAAUUUCAAUAACUUUAUACUUAAAGCAAACUUCCACUCGAUACUUGACAUUGAAAUACAUAUAUACGUGAUACUUUGCAGAUACUGCAUGCAAUCUAUAUGUUGAGAAAAUAAGGAAAAGUCUUCCUUUACCGAAAUAUCAGUAAUCUCAACUAUAGAAGACUAAAUAUGCAUUCCGUAAAAUUAUCAUCUGGUCAUGAUAUGCCUACUGUAGGUUUAGGGACAUGGCAGGCUCAACCUGAAGAAAUGGAAGCUGUUGUUGCGACUGCUUUGGAGUGUGGUUACAGACAUAUUGAUACUGCAUUUAAUUAUAAUAACGAAGAAGCGAUUGGAAAAAGCUUAAAAAAUUGGUUUGACAAAGGUGGUAAACGUGAAGAACUUUUUGUUACGUCAAAGUUACCCCCUUAUGGUAAUCGACCAUCAGAUGUUGAAAAGUUUCUUAAAUUAUCAUUAGAACGUCUUGGUUUGGAUUAUUUGGAUAUGUAUUUGAUCCAUAUGCCAUUUGCCUUUGUAUUAGAUAAAAAUGAAUAUGCUCCUGCAGCUUUAGAUGAUGGUAGUUAUAUACUUGACCUAGACACGGAUCCAGUUUCUGUAUGGAAGGAAAUGGAGAAACAAGUAGCAAAAGGACGUGUUAAAUCUAUAGGUUUAAGUAAUUUUAAUGAAGCACAAAUAUUAGAAGUAUAUAAAAAUGCAAAAAUAAAACCAGCCAACUUACAGGUUGAAUUGCAUGCAUACUUACAACAGAAACCGAUAAGAGAAUUUUGUCAAAAACACAAUAUUGUUGUAACAGCUUACAGCUCAUUAGCAUCACCUGGAGCUAAAGUCGUUAUACAAAGAAUAUAUAAUUAUAGUUCAGAAAAAUUCCCCGAUCUUCUUGGACAUCCUAUUAUACUUGAAAUGGCUAAUAAAUAUAAAAAAACAACAGCACAAGUGUUAUUACGACAUUUGGUACAACAAGGAAUUAUAGUUAUUCCAAAAAGUUCUUCACAAGAUAGAAUCAAAUCAAAUAUCAACAUUUUUGAUUUCGUUUUAUCAGAAGAAGAUAUGAAUACUUUAAAUGCUUUAGACAAAGGUACAGAUGGCCGAAUAUUCAAUUUUCUUUUUUUUAAGGGGGUUGAAAAGCACCCACUUUAUCCAUUUAAAAAUGAAUUGACACCAUGAGCAAGAGAUUUGCUCUUGUUACAUAAUUUAAAAAUACAGAAUUAUAUAUAAAAAAUAAAGCAGUAUAUUGUAUGGAGAACUGAACAAAAUGCACAAAAAUAAUUAUACAAUGAAAGCUUUUCUUAUAUUUUAAUAUAACCUGUACAACAUUUUUCGUUGCAUCCGAUGUUGAAGCUCUCCACGACGAAUCAUUGUGUGUAUAACUUUGUAAAUAGCACGUUCUGGAUAUUUUUGUUUAAGAAAGUCAUUAACAAUGUUUUGUUCUGAGACUUGAUUUCCAAUAGGGAAUCUAUUUUUUAAUUGUUUUUCUAUGCGAGACAAUAUCUCAUGAUCUUCUUCUGAAGUGAAUCCUUCUGCACCUGUAAAAUAUGAUGUAUUAAUAUUAAGGACUCGUAUGUUAUAAAAAUAAUUUUCUUGUU